AUGACUCCUUUAUGUCAAGCGGCUUUUCGAGGAAAUGUGGAAAUGGCGAGGGUUUGUCUCAAAUUUGGCGCUGAAGUGAACACGAAACGACACGAGCAAGGCUAUACACCGCUCAUGUUCGCCGCGUUGUCUGGUAAACCGGAUCUCUGCCGGUUGUUAAUGGAUUAUGGAGCCGAAUCCUCCUACACAAACAAUAUCGGAAAAACAGCUUGUGAGCUGGCUGCUUUUGUCGGCCAACAUGAGUGCGUCUCAAUCAUCAACAAUCACAUUUCACUCGAGCAAAUCAACAAACUCUUAAAUCCAAAGGAUUCAGAAGAGAAAUUCCCAGAAGAACUCUCGAAAUUCAUUCACAAAACCGUUUCCGCUCACGUCGUACACCCAAUCGCCAUCAUUUUUACUUUAUUAGACUACGAGGAUGCACUCAAGUACCGAAAAAAGAUUCUCUAUGUAGUGGAUCGAAUUUUCGAGAGUCAAUUGCGUUGCAAAGAAAGCAAUGAAGUUUUAUCGCUGAAAGGUUUAUUUGGGCAACGAUUACACGCAGUUAGCCAUUUUUGCUUCACGUGUGGAUCAUUUUCGGCAAAAAAGCGCUGUGGUGGAUGUAAAGUGCCGUAUUGCUCGGAAAAGUGUCAGAAAUUUGAUUGGCCGAUUCAUAAACGUUGUUGUCAGGCGAUAAGUGAUUGGAAUAAAAAAGAUGAGGAAGAGGAGAUCGAUUUGGAUCAGAUCAAAGCGUCCAUCGAGGAGGUAGAUGAGAUCAAAGCCUCCAUCGAGGAGGUGGAUGAGAUCAAAGCCUCCGUCGAGGAGGUGGAUGAGGAUGGGGAAACGAAAAAUGAA